GAAUCAAAUGUCUAAUGUCUAUUUACAGGACAGGGCACGGUCAGCUAAGUGGAUAUCAGGGAGAGCUCUGAAGGCUAUAGUGGAGGAGUACGCAGAUCUGAAUGCCUUCAAGGAACUCAUCAAACCCAUUCUUAUCCCCAGAAUGCCAGACACUGAGGGCAGCACUAUAGUCAGAAAUUAUCUAGUCAGUAAGCUUAGGGCCCUGAACUGGCAUGUGGAAGAAGAUGUGUUUCAAGAUUCCACCCCAUACGGCAUCAAAACGUUCACCAACAUCAUAGCAACCCAGGACCCAAGGAAACCAAAGAAAAUGGUACUGGCUGCCCACUAUGAUUCUAAAAACAUCACAGACAGACAUGGAAAUGCUUUCAUUGGAGCCAUCGACUCGGCAGUGCCCUGUGGCAUACUUCUGGAUUUGGCGAUCCAGCUGAACUGUCUGUUUGAGAAGGCCCAAGGAGAAAGGGCCCGAGACAUCACCCCCCAGAUUGUGUUCUUUGAUGGAGAGGAGGCCUACAAGGAUUGGACUGCCACAGAUUCUAUUUAUGGAGCCAGGCACCUGGCCAACAAAUGGGAAGCCGAAAAUGUUUUACCAAACGUGGAGAUUUUUGUUUUGUUGGAUUUGAUUGGAACCAGUGAUGUACAGUUUCACAACUUUUUCCCACAAACUUCAAAUGCCUUUGAACUCUUAUCAAAAAAAGAACAACAUCUUAAAAAGGAUAGACUCCUUCACGAUAACAACAGAUUUCUGUUUAAUACUCACCAAUUAUUUGGCGGGGGCAUAGAAGAUGAUCACAUUCCAUUUUUACACAAAGGGGUACCCAUUCUCCAUUUAAUAUCGGCACCAUUCCCGCGAGUGUGGCACAGAAUGACAGAUGAUGCAGCCCACAUAGACUAUCAUACGACAGAUGAUUUCAAUAGAAUAUUCCGGGUCUUCGUAGCCAGCUAUUUACACCUAGAUGCCUUACACAAUCAGUGCAGAAAGAAAAAUGAGGAGUUGUAAGGUAACUAGACAUACAGUACUGUAGCUUGUUUGGGUGAUUGGACUCCGCCUUGUCUUAUACAGGACUGAUACAGAUAUCUAUAAACGGGAAAAAAAGACACACCAUAUCAGAAUUUAUACCAUGGUGCCCUGAUGCUAGACAGGUCGUACUUUGCAAUACAAACACUAGGAUAUAGUAUUUUAUUUUGAUAUUAAAAUUCUUGGUCUUUGACAAGCGAUCGUAUAACAAGCACUUGUUCUGGCACACAAACUGUAUCUGUCUACUCUUUCUACUAUUUUGGAAUGACUCCUUGUUUGUUUUUAUAAUCUUUUGAUUAUUUCGUACUUUGUCAACAGCUAUCCUCCCAAAACAAGGUCUUAUCUAGUCUGUAUUACAUGCAGCAUUUUGUUUAUAUGCUAUAUAGCAUGCCUGUAGAGUAACGAUUCAUCUUUAAAAAAAAGUACAUGAAUUAAUGAACGCAUUAAAAGUUGCAUCAGGCCUUAUUGUUAUAUAAUAUGCAUGUUGGGUUUUUGAACUACCAUAAUUUAUAUGUGUUUUGACUGGAAUUGUUAGUAACUAUAAUAUAUCAUAACACUAUAUUAUUUGAGCACCCUGUCUGGCCAAAUACUAACAAAAGAGCUGGUUGCAUGAGUUUUUAGUUUAAUUACAAGCACUGGUUUAUUAUUAAAGCGUGAUCUUUCUCUUUUGACGCAUGCAGAUGUAAAAUCCUUUCUAAAAAAAUGUAUUUCAAAUACAAUGGGUGUAUGGGUAACUUUUUUCACAAUUUUUAUUUCGUAAUUGAAUGGGUGUGGCAAAUCAUCUUGUUGAGAAAAAAAUCAUUAUUUCGUUUUUAAAAAUGUAUCUACAGUUUAAAGUAAAAUUCAUCGAUCAAUGAAAAUAAAAUAUACACAUAUUUGAAAUACAUAGUUUCAUGAAUUAAUUUUCAUCUUUGUUUCAGCAAUGUGCAUAUAAUACAGUAAUUGUCAGUGGUGUUUUUCUAAAUCAGGGUUCUAUUUUCUCCAAUGUCCUGUUUUACGAUGGUUUUAUAAUGCAUAGCUGUACAAAGGAGAUGGUAAAAUAUGUACAUCAAUUAGGUCAUGCCAGGUGGUGGAUGAGACAUGAAUGUCAUUUUCCCUGACAGAAUCUCAUGGCUGUUUAUUAUUAUUCAAUCAUGGUUACUUACAUUUUGUCUCAGUUCAGUGUGCUCUUUCAUCAUUCCGCUGCAUUUCAUUUCUGAUAUUGUUCUCAGCAUUUCUGUGACAUUUUAUUUUCAUUUUUUUGUCAUUACAGUACUUUAGUACUUUUCCAGCAAUUAAAUUAAAUUUCAAAUUUAUUUCAAAACCUAAUUAUUUCAAAACAUUUCAAUAUACAUGUAUAUACAGACAACACUUUGUUUUGCAUGAUUUUAAAUGUCAACUAUUAUAUUUCUUAAACUUAUACAUGGCUAAAUUUUUUCACAUGUAUCUGCCAAACAGCAUAUCAUCAAUAACACAGGUUAUAACAUUACCUAAUAGAGUUAUUUCUUUAGAGGUGGUAUAUAUGCUUGCAUUAUAUGUCUGUCAGAGGAACAGUUAUAUAUGUUCCAGAUGUGUGGUAUGAUGUUGUUCAGCUUUUCACUAAAAGAAAAAAAGACAUAUAUAUAAACUGUUCUACACUUUAAAUUCUAUUUUCUGUUUAUUCCUCUGUGGGUAGCAGAUUGUUCAAAUCAUGGCUACCACAGGAAGCUGGGUUUCUUCAUUUCAAUCUUCAAUUCAAAAUCACUUCUGAAAAAUCUAUAAUGCUGGAAAAGGAAAUUUCAAAAAUGCCAGAAAUAAAAUGCAGUGACCAUUCUUGACCUUUGUGUGUUUUUGACACUUGAUUUAGGAAUAUUACCGAGGGAUUUUUGUUGUUUUUUUUUUAACUUGAUAGUCUUUCACUUUAUUAAUUGAUAAUCGCAUCAUUUUGCAUUUCACUGGUUAUUUGUUCAUUGGAUUUGCAUUUCUGAUACAUAUUUUAUACAUAAUGAAUUAAACAAAUACCUCAUUUUGUUGCGUGCAAUUGAUUCAGGUGCCUGAUUUCAGAGAAAAAAAUUUAAAGUUGAAGUAAUGCCUGUCAGUAAAAUUUUGUUUUGUGAGUCACAUUUAGAUAUGUAAUUCAGUGAUCAUGCAGAUGCAUGGUUAUAAAAAUUGUCUGUACAUUACAAAAAUAUACAUGUAUCUAAGCAACUUUAUUUUUCUUAGGUUUAUGUUCUGUUCUAUGAGAGAGGUUAAAAAUUCUGUUUAAGAUAUUGAUAAUUUGACUGCAGUAUCCAAAAAUAUGUACAAUACAGUACAAAAGUUAUAGUAAUUUAGGCUUAGCCGAAAACUCAGCAAUGAUUGUAAUGUGCUGUUUGUGGAAAAAAAAUGAAAUGUCUCAUUGUUUUUAUAUAUGUUGCAAGCUUGCAAUAAUGUUCUCAUAAAUUGCAACAUAUUAUAUCAAUACAAGUAGUAAAGCCUGGCCUUUCACUUAUAACAUCUAUCAGUAUUCACACAUGCUGUUCAUGAUCAUCAUUACAGGUUGAAGUACAUGUGAAUGCUAUAGCAUGCAAAAUUUAAAAUUGUUAACUUGACAGAUUUGAUUUAAAUUGUUUGAUAUUACAUGUUUUAUUAUUUGUAAAAACAAUGUCCAUUUGUGAAUAAAUUAUUUUGAAGACGAA